ACAAACUAAGCAUGGCGACGUUCAAGAAGACCCACACACGUGCCUUUAAUAAGACAGGAAUUAAAGCCACUCCCGACCUUGGUUACUGGAAGAAAUUAGAGUUUCCAGUCACAGUCAAGGAAUUCACAUCAAUAGACUAUGUAGAUGUGAGUCCAACAGAACCAUAUUAUAUAGCUGUGACAUCUGGACCAAAGGUAGACGUGUACCACCAACAGACAACACAAGUUUGGCGCACCAUCUCCAGAUUUCAGCGCAAUGCCUACGGUGCUAGGUUUCGGCAGGACGGGCAGCUCCUGGUGGUGGGGACGGAGGAGGGACAAGUCAAGCUGUUCAACCAGAGACAAAAACAGCUUCUUCGAGUGUUCAAAGGUCACAGCAGCGCAACACACCGCGUUGGUUUCGUGGAAGGGACGUCGCACAUUGUCUCCUUCUCGGACGACCAGACGGCGGCUCUGUGGGACAUAGGGGAUGAAAGCCAAAUUUGUACACUGAAAGGACACACAGAUUUUAUCCGUGCAGGAAUCACUAGCCCAGCAUCUGAAAAUAUCAUCCUGAGUGGAUCCUACGAUCACACUGUGCGGUUAUGGGAUACGCGCACAGGCUCCAGCGUUCUCACAGUCGACCAUGGGGCUCCCGUGGAGAGCAUUUUGUGCUAUCCAUCUGGUGGAGUCUUCAUCUCAGCAGGUGGUAGUGAAGUAAGGGUAUGGGAUACCAUUAGUGGUCGGUUGCUAUCCAAACUGUCACAACACCACAAGACGGUGACGUGCCUUUCCUUUGCCAGCGACAACAACAGACUCAUGUCAGGCUCCCUGGACUGCCACAUCAAGAUAUAUGACGUCAACACAUAUUCGGUUGUUCACACCUUAGACUUUCCCGCCCCGAUUCUCAGUAUGGCAGUGGCGCCAGAGGACUCCAUGCUGGCUGUGGGUAUGAUCUCUGGUGGCUCAGGACUCGUGUCAUUCCAACACCGAAGGGAACAGCAGGAGGUUGAGAAGGACAGCAACAGGGCCAAGAGGAAAGCUGCAGAUAUUCGAAACAUGAUCACAGAGGACUACAGAGUGGUGCCUGACGAACAGAUUAUCAGACAUGAAGAGAAGGAACAGCUCUCCAAAUAUGAUGUCUUCUUAAGAAAGUUCAAGUACAGCCAAGCCCUAGAUACUGUAUUGACGUCCUAUGUAACAAGCAAGACUCCGAAUGUCACUGUUGGAGUUCUACAUGAGUUGAUAAGACGAGAGGGCCUCAAGACAGCGAUAGCCGGAAGAGAAGUGAAACAGCUAGUUCCUCUGUUGAAUUUUGUGAUCAGAUACGUCCGGAAUCCCUUGUACAAGCAGCUGCUGCUUGACGUCUCCAAUGUGAUUAUAGAUUUAUACAGUGACAGUCUUCAUGAAAAUCCAGCAUUAGUGAGGCAGUUCAGGAGACUGCAAGAUGAGAUUGCUGCUGAACUGCGCAUCAGCAGAGAAUAUAUUGGGCUCAUGGGUGCCAUUGAGAUGUUCCUUUCGGCAUCAGAACCUGAGAGAGCACCUUCCACCAUUAAUCCGCAGCACUUGGCUUCAACGUCAAUGCACGAAAACGAAAGUAGCGGCAACCUCCUCCAAUCGUCACCUAAGAAAUCAGCUGCUGUUGUUGUGGAUGUUGUCUAAAGAAUAAAAUAGUCUAUUUUGCU